ACUCCACUCCAUAAAUAAAUCCCAAUCCCAAUUCCAAUCCCAAUCCCAAUCCCAAUCACAAUAACAUAAUAUCCCUCCAACUCCAAGCCAAUUGUAUUGAGCUCUUUGUUUGUUUGUUUCUGUCUUUCUUUCUUUGUUUCUUACAAUUACAAUGGCUCUUAAGGCGGUUCAUGUCUCCGACGUUCCCAGUCUGGAUCACGUCCCUGAAAACGCCUCCUUGGCUCUCUACUCCACCCGUUUUUCCAACGCAGGGGUGGAUGUUGGGAGAGGUGGGUUUAAGAUUCCGAAAUUUGUAGUGAUUGGGCACAGAGGGAGUGGUAUGAAUGUAUUGCAUACGUCAGAUCGGAGAAUGAAGGCCAUUAAAGAGAACUCUAUCCUUUCUUUCAACGCUGCUGCCGCCACGUCCGCCGUUGAUUUUAUUGAGUUCGAUGUUCAGGUGACCAAAGAUGGCUGCCCUAUCAUUUUCCACGAUGAUUUCAUCAUUUCUGAAGAUAAUGGUACUGUAUAUGAGAAGAGAGUGACAGAACUCAGUCUGUCUGAGUUCCUUUGCUAUGGCCCUCAAAGAGAGCUUGGUAAGAUGGGCAAGUCUCUCUUGAGAAAAAAUAAAGAUGGCAAGAUUUUAAGUUGGAAUGUUGAGAGUGAUGACUCACUUUGUACGCUUGAAGAAGCGUUUAACAAUGUUAACCCUUCUUUGGGCUUCAACAUUGAAUUGAAAUUCGAUGAUUACAUUGUCUAUCAACAAGAAGAUCUCAUUCAUGUUAUUCAAGCUGUCUUGAAGGUCGUGUUUGAUCACGCUAAGGACAGACCAACCAUUUUCUCAACCUUUCACCCCGAUGUGGCACUACUUGCCAGGAAGCUGCAGAGCACCUACCCUGUCUUCUUUCUCACAAAGGGUGGAACUGAGAUUUACUAUGAUGUGAGAAGGAACUCCUUAGAGGAGGCUGUAAAGCUGUGCUUAGAGGGUGGUUUGCAAGGGAUUGUGUCGGAGGUCAAAGGAGUUUUUAGAAAUCCCGGGGCACUAACCAAUGUCAAGGAGGCUAAGCUCUCACUCCUAACAUACGGCAAAUUAAACAACGUGCCCGAAGCAGUUUACUUGCAACAUUUAAUGGGUGUUGAAGGAGUGAUUGUUGAUUUGGUUCAAGAAAUUACAGAGGCUGUUUCAGUUAUGAUCAAGCCAUCGAGCGAGGGUGAAGGGGGGGAGGUGCUAUUGGAAGGGGAGGAUCAGAUUCAGGACAAAGCAAAGCCCCAGUUCUCUCAAAGAGAGCUGUCAUUUUUGCUGAAGCUAAUUCCAGAAUUAAUACAGAUAUAAAAGAAAGAGGCCACUUUUAUACCUCGAAAUAUAGUAGAAAGUUUUCCAACUUGCAUGGAAUCUUAAAGCGUGGACUUGCCAUAGAUUUCGGCCUUCUUGUACAUAAGCCGAUAUUUUCUCUUUUCAGUACAAAUUAUUGAAAUUAUCAGAGUCCAUUUGGUUUGUCAGUUUCUUUCUUUUUUGUUUUUCCCCUGUCAAUGUCGAUCUCUGCUUUGGCAAUGUAGUAGUCCGUCGGGAUCAAGAAUGUGUACUUUCAGAGCUGUGUUACUUAUCCGCUGAUUCCAUGCAAUAUAAUAUAUUGCCUUCACGAAUGAAUCGAGAACGAAGUUGUUUA